AUGAUACUCCACAGAAUCAGAAAGGCUCAAUUCAGCAUGGACGUAAAUGUAUCCAAUCUGCUGAGAAAAAAGGCAAUCUUAUUCGAAAAUGUCAAAAGGGAAAAUUGCAAAAAAGAAUUAAUAAUGGAUUAUUUCCACAUAAAAGGAGUUAAGCUGAAAAAAAAUGACAUCCACAUCAUGACCAACAUUUUAUGUAGACCGACAGGUAGAAUAAUGAUUUUGACUGACAAUAUGAAAAAGCAGAAUUUUAACUUCGAUUUUGGUUCCCUCUCCGAAGCCAGAGAAGAUUUAUCUCUGGAUGAAAAAAGAAUGAGCGGCAAAUCUGCUGAACAUUCUGGUAACUCUCCCAAUAGUAAUAACUCCAACACAGCUAACGCAGUGGAGGAUUCCUCCAGGUGUGAUAUCCAUGGGGGGGACAAAUCGAAUGUCGAGCUGAGAGGACACAACCAAGAGAACACUGAAGGAGCGAAGGGCGAAACGCAGGAAGAAUUGAAAAAGGCAAAGGACGAAGUAGUAGAAGAAGAAGAAGAAGAAUAUGCAUGUAGCAACAUGUGGAAUAAGAAUUUAAAAAAUUUAUUCAAGGAAUGUAAAAUUCACCUAUGUGAUGAUUUCGAAAUAGAAAAAUUUGUGGAAGAGUGCGAACGCUUUUUGCGAUUUACGGAAGAUAUCAAAAGGAUAGCAAGGUUUGAAAACUUGGAUAAAAUAAUUACCAUUAUAAAUAUUCCCAAUUGUUAUGGAAGAAAAGAAUUGGCACAAAUUAUUUACGACUGUGCAAGAAUUCAUGUAAAAUUGAACAACAUAAUUUUCAGAUUUAAAAAGAAUGGCAUACAAUCUGACUGUGCCUAUGUCUUAUGCAAUAGUGUAAAUGAUGGAAAUAUUUUAAUUAACAAAAUGCAGGAAUACCCUGUGGCUAAAAAAUAUCAUUUACGCGAAUUUUUUGGAACUUCCUUCUUGUAUGCUUCCAAAAGUAACCUUUUCCUCAGUUCUGAAAAACUUGAUUACGUGACAAUUUUUUCAAAGUAUAAAAUAUUCACCUGCGGAUGGCACAAGGACAUUUCCAUAAAAGAGUUUGAAAGCUUUCUCAUUACGCUUAAAAUAUUUCCCAAAAAGAUUAUAAAAAUUGACUAUCGUACGGGGGGCACCGCCAGGCGAGCCCAGCAAGAGCACUCCGCAGGGGAGUCAGCACACCAAUCAGACGACCAACCGGAGGAUCACGCAGACUGCAAGUACCAACUCAGUCCAGUGGAUCCACAUCACAUUUUAAUAAGUAUCGACGAGGUGGAAUCCGCCGCGACUAAUGCGGAUCGCACGAACGACCCGCAUGACGCCAACACAUCCUCGUUUAUUUUAUUCUUCGAAAACAUGCGAAUGACAAAAAAGGUUUUCACCAAACUGGAGAGACUGAAAAAGAAAUGGAAAAUAUCGGCAUCCAAAAACUUCUAUGCAUACCCGAAGACGCCGGAUAUCCACUUCAACGAUGACGAAGACUAUGAAGACGAAAACGAGUAUGAGGAUUCCGAUUUGGAUGAAGAAAUAGAAUAUUAA